CAGGACUGUCCGACCACCGUUCACCACCUCGUGCCUGCUCAGCACUUCGCUGCUGGCGUCGUUUGCGACCGGUCUGUGGCGUCGGACGUUUGCAAAGCACGUCGCUGGUGCUGCCGAUGCAUGCCGCAUGCCCCUCGGUGAUCCAUUGAAGCCUUGCACUUCACAUCCUGAUGCUCAGAAAGGAAUGUGCGGAGAACGUGGCUUGCUCGACCCUUCGUGCACACACCCUGUUGCACAAUUUCCAUAUUUCCGCAUCUCCUGGCGGCUGCAACUACCUGUGUCGCCAUCGGUGUCUGGUCUCACACCUUCGAUUUCGUCAGUUGUCGCCAUCAUGUCUCAUGCAGCGCAUCCGUUUCUGCAUCUUGACGUGUUAUGGAGUCCUUCCAUCUUGACCAGUGGAACAACGCGCAAAUGUGGCUACCAAAUGCUGCUGACUACAAUUUGCUAUUGCAAUCCUAUGAUGGUAUCUGGCAUACCUCCUUUCGAGGACACUGUGAUCUCGGGAACGAUGCCGGAGCGGCUGUGGUCCAUGCCAUCGAGCUUUCAUCCCAAGUGCGGACACCACCACAGAAUUUUCACGAUACUUCAAUCUUACCUGCAGACACGCGUCUUUGGCGUCUGCAGGAGACGAGCUAAGCUGCGGCAGCAUCGCCUUCGAAACAGCUUCUUUAGUAAUCUCUUACGUUUCCGAACCUUCCCCGCAUGCGACCCUUAUGUCUCCACAUGCAUCGUUGAAGGUACGGGAGCUACUUUAGCUCGGGAUGCACACCGUAAAAGAUUUGCUUGCAGUCCGACUGCGAGGCUGAUCUCUUCGUUUGUGUUACUGGAGGGCGAGUACAGACUCGUUCUGGCGCUGAUGUGCGCAGAUCCUACGCCUUUUGGCUAUUGCCUUUGUACAUCACAUCCCUUCGAUGAAGUUAAACGGAACAACAGUCGGAUCAUUCUGAGAUCAACAAUGCUUUCUAUAGGGUCUGGAACUAAAAGAGACGCUACCCCGCGAAAAGAUCUUCGACCCCUGACGGUUGGCUUUUGCCUCCUAUAAAGCGUAAGGC